GUGAAAACUUGAUGAACUUGUACACCGGCAAGGUACAAGCACAAGUCGUUGCAGUUGUCCAAAGAUCCUUUGUGUGACAACGUGAACGCGAACGACGCCGUCAGGAUGCAUAAAGUCACUUGGCGUCGUUGCGCGCCACUGAGCGCCCUGGCUAAAUUCCACGCGGCAAGAGGGCCGUCGUGUCAGAAAUCUGCCUUGAAAAACACUCCCGCAGACGUGCUGGAGAUGCCCCCGUGCAGCUUCACGCCACAAGAAUACAAGGGGAUGUCAAAAGAGCGCAUGAUGGAGAUCCGCCGGAGGAAUUGCCACCCCAUGACUAUGAAGGUGACUUACUACAAGAAGCCAGUCUUCAUCCAUCAGGGCCACAUGCAGUGGCUGUGGGACGUGGACGGGAGGCGAUAUUUGGAUCUCUUUGCCGGUGUGGCCACUGUCAGCGUGGGCCACUGCCACCCAAAAGUGACGGCGGCCGCAGAGCGGCAGCUGAAGAUGCUGGUGCACACCACCAACAUCUACGUUUAUCCUCCUAUCCAUGAGUACUGUGAAAAACUAGCAUCCAACUUCCCCGAGCCUCUCAAGGUAGUCUACCUGACUAAUAGCGGCUCGGAGGCCAAUGACCUCGCCAUGUGUAUGGCCCGACUCUACACGGGCAAUUUUGACAUCAUCACCUUCAGAGGAUCAUACCACGGAGGCAGUCCACAGACCAUGGGUCUGACUUCACUAGCAGAUUACAAGUACCCAGUCGGCAUUGGCUUAGGCUGCACAAACACCAUGUGUCCUGAUGUGUUCAGAGGUCCCUGGGGGGGCGGCCAUUGCAGGGACUCUCCUGUGCAGACCACCAGAGAAUGUAACUGUGCCCAAGGUUACUGCGAGGCAAAUGAGGAGUACAUUGAACAACUCAAGCAGACGUUGCUCACCAGCGUCUCCAGUCGAAUUGCCGCAUUCUUCGCUGAGCCGAUUCAGGGAGUCGGUGGAGCGGUGCAAUACCCCAAAAAUUUCCUGAAGGAGGCAUACAAACUUGUGAGAGAGAGAGGCGGCGUCUGUAUUGCAGAUGAGGUCCAAACAGGUUUCGGCCGAACAGGAAGCCACUUCUGGGGAUUCCAAGGUCACGAUGUCCUGCCAGACAUCGUGACCUUGGCCAAAGGCAUCGGGAAUGGCUUUCCGAUGGGAGCGGUGGUCACAACACGGGAAAUCGCAGACGCUUUCACACGGGGUGUUCACUUCAACACCUUCGGAGGAAACCCACUGGCUUGCUCCAUUGCCUCAUCCGUCAUCGACACAAUUAAAGAAGAAGGCACACAGCAGAACAGUCUGGAGGUGGGCACCUAUUUGAUGACGGAACUCGCCAAGCUCAGAAACAAGUAUGAGAUCAUCGGCGAUGUCCGUGGCAAAGGACUGCAGAUCGGCGUGGAAAUGGUCCAAGACAAGGCCAGCAGAGCACCGCUGUCUCCUCAAGACAUGCUCGCCAUCUUUGAGGACAUCAAGGACAUGGGCAUCCUCAUCGGGAAGGGAGGAAUUUAUGGACAGACCUUCCGCAUCAAACCACCCAUGUGCAUCACGAUGGACGACGCACAUUUCUUCCUGUCCGUAUUUAACAAGUCCAUCCAGAACUACAUGGAGAAAAGAUGAAUCCAGCCAGUCGUUUUUCUUACUUUCUCAGUCACUACUAAUGGAGGGUUGUUCCUACACUAUCAAACCCAAUAAGUGUUAGUGUUGCAUAACCAUUACGAAAAAAACAAUAGCUACAACAAAACAUGAACCCCACCUCACACGUCAAAUCUUCCCAAUUAUGUACACAAGAUUUAUUAAUUUGUUAUUACAAUGUUCUUCAAUUUCCCCCCAAUAAA